UUUCGUAGGUUGUAUUGCUUCCAAGAUUUAAAGAACUUUCUCACUAUUGUUCGACAAAAGGAAAUGGUCAUUGAUGAUGCAACUAUUAUCCAAGAAUAUCUUAGAAAUGAAGCUUGGAGGAACCCACCGUUCUAUUAUGAUAUCCAAGUUGAUUCUAAAGAGAACAUAGCUAGCAUUUUCUGGUCAGAUGCAAUAAUGCAGCAAGACUAUGAAUUAUUUGGUGAUCUCAUCAGUUUCGACACAACUUAUCGAACAAACACGGAGUAUCGUCCCUUAGACCAAGCUUGUGCUUUGAUGAAGUCAGUUCGAAAUUUUUUUCCCGAUGUUUUCCAUGGGUUGUGUUCCUAGCACAUGGGGGAGAAUGCAAAGUCCAACCUAGGCUCUCGUUGCAAUGCUGCAUUUCUUGACGAACUACAUCACCUGGUUUUGAAUGUUGAUGAUGAGACAGAGUUUGACUUCAACCGGAAUAAGAUGCUUCAAAAUUGUUUUGGUGGUAAAGCUACUUCUGAAUUUACUUGGCUUGUCCAGAUUCAUCGUAAUCGUACUCAAUGGUCUUCUGCUUGGGUGAAAUCACACUUCACUGUCGGUUUGAAGACCACACAGUUAAGUGAGUCGUUUAAUGCCUUUCUUCGCCACUUUCUUCAGCCAGACCACUCACUUGUGCAAUUCUUUAUCCAUUUCAAUGUUAUGGUUGAGAAAAUGCGAGAUAAUCAUGCUGAUUGUGAUUUUAAGGCUGCCAAUACCAGGCCAAGAAACAAUUAUCCCAAUAGCCAACUCAUGAGGUCUGUUGUCGUCAAGUAUACUCCAACAUCGUUUGCAUUCAUUCACAAGCAAUAUGAUCUUUCUUUCAAAUAUUAUUAUGCGGAGGACACAUCGAGAAGUUCAAUUUCUAAUAGAAUUUUCAAAGUGUUCACAAUUGAACUUGUUCGUGAUGCCGAUGAGAUGGAUUAUGGUAAUGAUGCCGCUGGGAAUGUUUAUAUGUUGGUCGAAGAAGUUCCAGAAAACCAUCUUCCUAAUGAUCGGGAUCCUUUGCGACUUGAUGAGAGGGUUGUUACUGUAGAUAUUGGGAACAAGAUUUUUACUUGUACAUGUCGGAUGUUUGAGAAUCGGGGAUUCUUAUGUCGCCAUGUGUUCAAGAUAUUAAACUUCUUAGGGAGUUAUGUCCAAUACCAGUCCUUGAAGACCAUACCUGACCACUACAUAUUGAAGCGUUGGACUAAAGAAAUUCGUCCAUCCUUGAUAAGUUAAAACCCAUCACCAUUGGAGGAAUUCAAGAUACUACUUUUGCACAAAGAUAUCAACAAGCUUCUGGUGUUAUGCUUCAGAUUAUAACCCGUGUUUGCAUGGACCCUGAUGCGUGCCAAUUUUUUCUUAAUGGUGCUAUUGAAUGUGGGAAGCAAGCGGAAGAGUUGAUUGUUGGAACUUCUUAUCUUCAGCACUAUAAAUAUCAGCUUCUCGAAUCAAUUUUUGAAUAUUUUCAAGCGUGUAAAACCUAACUAAUCGUCGAGACUGUCCCAAAAUGUGGAUAGC